CUCACAUUCUCCUUUUUCUCUUGCUCACUACUACUUCUUGGGUCUUCUUUUGCCACAACCAUGCAAUUGAGACACCUUAAACACGAGAAGGACUCUUCGUCUUCAAUCGACAGAGAGUCAGUUCAUGAUCUUCCACUAGCUAUUAGUGAGCAUGAGGUCAGUUUUAGUCACGGUGUUGAGCGUGAGGCGCAGGGAUCUAGCUAUCUAGCUUACUUUAACGUUGUCUGUGUGGUGGCCGGAACUGGUGCCCUGGGGUUACCCUACGCCCUGCGACAGGGUGGCUGGAUUGGCAUUUUGAUUAUUGCCCUCAGUUGGCUUUUCUCCACAUACUCUGGCGUAAUUCUCAUCAGAUGCCUGUACUAUAAUGGUCAUACUCGACUAUCCUCUUACCAGGAAGUAGCCGAGGCCGCAUUUGGUAAAAUUGGAGGCUGGAUUGCUUUCUUUUUCACAGCCAUCACUUUGAUCGGUGUACCUGUGCUUUACUUGCUCUUGGCCGGCCAGAAUCUCCACACUGUCUUGAUCGGAACCUCUGCGGAACUUACUUUUCCUAUCUGGGUAAUCAUCUGCGCCGCUGCUGUUGCUGUCCCAUUUGUCUUUUUCAAAUCCAUGAAAGAAGUCGGCUUCCUAAGUGCAUUCGGCAUGUUGGCCACCGUUAUUGUGGUCCUGAUUGUCGUCGUCACUGCUGCCAGAGACAGACCCAAUGUAGUUAAUGUUCACCAUGAUCCUGUCAUCUGGGACCAAUUCCCAAUCGCUUUGAGUUCGAUUGCCUUUAGUUUUGGUGGUAAUCCAGUCUAUGCUCACGUCGAGGCUGGUAUGAGACAGCCAAAGCAAUGGGGUCGCGUCGUAGCUGCUGGUCUCACUACUUGUGUCGGCCUCUAUUUCCUCACUGCUAUACCAGGCUACUUCGUCUACGGCGACCAAGCCCUGUCUCCGAUCUACAACAACCUCCCCCAAGGACCCGAAAAGACCGCUUCCGCAAUCAUCAUUACCGCGCAUGUCUUACUCGCCUGCCCUAUUCUUAUCACAUCUUUUGCUCUCGAUCUCGAAAAGCUCUGCGGCAUUUCGUCCUUCCACCAUUCGCGCGUCGUCGAAUCAUUGCUUCGAUUUGCUCUCCGUAGUUGUAUGAUCGUUGUGAUCACUGUCAUUGCUAUCUAUGUGCCCUUCUUUGGUGACUUUAUGUCGCUCUUGGGUGCAUUUUCCAACUGCGCUCUCAUUCUUAUCUUCCCUGUAAUGUUCUAUUUCAAGCUGACCGGUCUGCGCAACAAGUCCUGGUAUGAGCUCAUUCUCGGCUUUUUCACCGUACUCUUGGGUAUUGUUGGUCUGAUCUUUGGUACCAUCUCGGCUGUCAAGGCCUUGAAAGAUGAUUUCAGCCAGCAAUAAUAAAAUCACAUUCGCUUUCCUACCCCUCCACUAACCCAACCUAACACAACACAACACAACACCUUCUCACACCCUCCAGCCACCAUUCUUCUUAUUCUUGUUACUCUUUCUUGGUGUGGUUCAAUCCAGAUAUUAAUGUACUAAAUUAAUGGGCCUUUUAUUAUUCUUUACUACUUUAUUUUAGUUAUAUUUAUACUAUUUCAUAACACCUUUAUUUCUUUAUUUCUAUAUACAUUAUCUUUUUUUAUAUCCCAUAUUUGUAUUAUCAUUUGCUCUUCUUUAUCUAUUUAUCUAUCCAUUCUUCUUUAUAUUGCUCUAUUUUAUUAUUUAAUGACUAUAAAAAUCUCCUCUAUUUAAUACCACCUGCGUAAUAGGUUGGUUGUAAACAUUC